GAUGGGCAUCCACAAUGAGGUAACAUUUAAUGGUGAUAAAAGUGAAAUAAUCAAAUAUAGAAUGGGGGUAGGAAUGACAUAAGUUAAAGUGAAAAAGACCUAGAAAACUAUCUUCAGAAACAGCUCUUCUUUUAUGACUGAUGCUGGGAAUUGCAGGAUAUUUGUCCCUAAAUUUAACAUGAGCUAACAGCACACCAUAAUAGAAAACAAAUCAAGAAACCUAAUGUGAUCUAGGCUGAAUUAUUAAUAGAAGUACUUUAUUCAGAAUGAGAAAAGUAACAAUGCUACUGUACUUCAGUUUGUGUUGAUCCGACCACAAAUAGAUACUUUAUUUUAGAAAAGAACAUUGAUUAUUUGGAACAUGAUUACAGGUUGAGAGUUAUAAGAGAUUUAUGUUGGAGGCCAUCCAAUGGCUUGACUAAAGUCACUGAGGUAACAAGUAUCAAUGGUGGGAUUUGAACUCAGGUCUUCUGACUCUAGAGUCAUUGUGCUUUUUAUUAUACUGCAAUGUCUCCCAUUAGAUUCAGAACUGGGGACCAGGAUAGUGAAGGGUCAUAUUUGGAACAGUUGAAUGUUCGACCCUAGAAAAGGAAAAAAUUAGGGAACAGGUGAGAGCAAACUCAAAUGUUUGAAAGUCUUUCAUGUGAAAGAGAGCUUGGACGUGUUGUGUAUCACUCUAGAGAGAAAAACUAGAGUAUAGGGCCUUUCUAACUUGAGUUUUCUGACAAUGAAAUAUGGGGCCUUGGAAGAAUAGGGAGCUUUGUGUCACUGAAGUAUUCAAAAAAGGCCUGCAUAUGAGAAUGUUUUUUAUAUAUCAUCAUGUAACUUUAAACUGUGACUAUUCCCAUGUAGAUUGGAGAAGGGACACUGAAGAAGGUGGGCAGUUAAGAGUGUAUAGGAAUUCCAGAUAAUGAUAAUCCAGUCAGGAGCCUUAGUAAUAGGAAUGGAGAAUUCAAUUCAACAAACAUAAACCAAAGUGAUUGGUGAAUAGAGGUGAGAUCUUUGAGAAGUAAUACAGAAAGUAGAGACCUCUUAAAGUAAGAACAAAUAGAGGUGAUAAGUUUUGUUCCUGACAUCCACAAAUUUUGCAAUCAAAUUACAGAAGUAGCCAUGAACAAUGGAAAAGUGAAUGGAUAAGAUUUGAAUAGAGGUAAAGAGCUGAUUAAGGAAAGGGAUGGCCUGGAGAGAACUAUGUAUGUGUGUGUUGGAGAGAAUUGUCGUCCUGGGGGGCACAUGAAGGGGGGCUUGUUGACACAGUGGACGGUGUGUACUCAGGGGCUUUGAGACCCAAGUGGGCAGCCACUUCCUUCUCAGCUCAGCCUGACCUCAGCAGUUUGGAAGGAGUUGCUUUCUCACUCCCUCAUUCUCUCUCCCCAAAAGGGGUGUUAACUAAUCGUAGGCAGACAUCUCCUCCAGAGCCUUGCACACCAUCCAGCUGGAAAGGAGGGAGCCAGGAGUGCAGGCCUGGGACAGGGGAGUUUCUCUGAGAGAAACAGGGCUUGCUUCUACCCUUCCCUCCCUCCCUGCCUGGAUGGAGUUCCUUUGGGCUAGAGGGGCUGGGGUGGGUGUGCAAGCACCCUCCCAGCUCCGGAGAGCCUUCAGUGAGCAUAUCAAGGACUCCACCAGCAGAGCCUGGGAGGUGUUCUGGAAGAGGGCAAGGGAACGGAGGCUAAUAGAAAUUGAAGCCAAGGAGGCCUGUGAGUGGCUGAGGGCAGCCGGUUUCCCCCAGUAUGCUCAGUUAUUUGAUGAUAUGCAGUUUCCCAUUGACAUCCAAACUGUGAGACGUGACCACGAGUUCCUAGACCAGGAUGCCUUUGAGGCUCUUUACAGGCGACUAAACACCCUGAACAAAUGCGCAGAGAUGAAGGUGGAGUUCAGCUGCCAAAGGAGGAGGAGUGAUGAGUCGGAGGAUGAUGAACCAUGUGCUAUCAGCAGCAGGUGGGCCUAUGAGCGCUGCAGCCGGCGCUGGUCCCGCCUGGACAGCCUGGAGGUCUUCUCUGGGGGGACUGGUUCGUUGGGCAGCCCUGCCCUGGAGAGAGUGCCAAGGAUCCCAAGCAGGGAUGCUGAGGAGCCGGCCUCCCCGGAGCCGGAAGAGAAGCCAGACGCCUCUUCCGUGAGUAGCUCCAGCAGUGGUGACAGUGAUGCUCCCUUUCCCAGGACCCUGGAGGAUGCUGAGACUCCUUCUGACUCUUCCUGCUUCUCCUAUGCCAACAAGCUCUCUUCACCUGCUUCUAGUCCCAGCCCUUCCCCAUCCCCCACAGAGAUUCUGAAUGUUGCUGGUGAAGAUCCACCUCCUGCAGAGAAGACCCUCCAACCCAACCGAGGCAAGAGCUUCUUGAGAAAGAUGGAGAAGUUGCGGCUCCGCACAGGGUCCAAACGCGGCGGGACUCCACGGGCCCGGCCCCCCAUCAGUGGGCCUGUCCUCCUUGAGGGCUUUGAUGAUGACAAGCUCCGCAGUCUCAACUGUGUGAGCAUUGGUCGAGAGAUGGGAGCUUGCCCAUCCUCGCCACCAAUCUGCGGCAGCAGCAGCGGGAGCCAGUCUGAGACCAGCAGCACUGUGAGCACUCCGAGUCCUGUGACUCGUGUCCGCAGCCACAGGCAGAGGGAUGGAGAGCUCAGCUUAAGUCCCCCUUCACCAUGGGCUGAUGUGACUGAGCAGAACCUUCAGAACCAGCUGUUCCAAGUGCCAGUGGGUCAUAAACCUGGCACCUUCCCCAAGGAUCUGACCCUUAACUCCCCGCCCCCCCUAGAUCACCCAUCGGUCAAUUGGCGGACAGGCAGUUUCCAUGGCUGCCACCGGAAUCGGUUUGGAACCAGCUCCAAGGAGAUGGAACCCCCCUAUUGUCUACCUAGACUGCCAGAUAAUCGGCUCAGUGUCUAUGACAAUGUGCCAGUACUGGUCCUUGGCAGGACAGAGGGUGUCGGGUCCCUUGACAAUGAUCUCAUCUUAGAUUUUGACCAUCUGAUGGAAGAUAUGAAUGAACUACAGAGGCUAGAGAGUCAGUGGGCAAAGAAGGAUUCAUACUUUGGGGACUUUGACUUUACCAGCUCCCCAAACUUAACUGCCUCCCCUGCCCAAAUCCUCCUGGAGAUUACGGAGCCUUCUGGGGAGACAAUCUCUGGGUCCAGGCCUGGUGGAGGGACAGAGCAUCACCGUAAAAGAGACGGUCCUUGGGACUCUCCCAAAUCAUCAUGCUCACUGAAGUCCGAUACUGCCUCCUCAAGCCCCUGCAGGCCCAGAAAAUGGAACUGGUCAACAGAAGAAACAACCGGCCUGACCAAGUCCUUCCUGCAGGUUGAAGAACAGUCAGCUCUACAACUCAAUUAUUUAAAGAGUGUGGCUAUGUUAAAUCUUUCUGCCAUCAUGGAAAAAAAUCCUCUAUCCAGCAAACAGGGGUGGAACUGGCCAGUUCCCAAGUUCAUCAGGAAGAACAAAUAUUCUGAUUUUAAAGGCAAGAAUGUGUUUGGAGUUCCAUUACUACUAGUUGUCCAGAGGACAGGCCAUCCACUCCCACCAGGCAUUUUCCAAGCUAUGGAGUAUCUGAGGGCACAGUUCUUGGACCAGGUUGGUUUGUUCAGGAAAUCAGGGGUGAAGUCUCGAAUCAUGUCCCUUCGGGAGAUGAAUGAAGCCCACCCAGACCAUGUGGACUAUGAAGGUCAGUCUGCCUUUGAUGUAGCUGACAUGGUGAAGCAGUAUUUCCGUGACCUCCCUGAGCCCAUCUUCACUAGCAAGAUCUGUGAAUCGAUCCUUCAUAUAUACCAAUAUCUGCCUAAGGAAGAACAGUUUAAUGCUGUACAAGCUGCCAUUCUCCUACUUCCAGAUGAAAACCGAGAAGCCUUGAUUAUCCUUCUCUUCUUCCUCCGAGACGUUGUAAGAUUCGUGGAAGAGAACCAGAUGACUCCCACCAACGUUGCCGUCUGCCUCGCCCCAUCUCUUUUCCAUCUCACUUCCGUCACUUCCUUUCGGUCAGAUAAUCCCACAUCUUCCAGGUCCAGUCAGAGGAAAUACCAUGUGGGCAAGCCUGAUCAGAGAGACCUGAGCGAGAACCUGGCUGCCACCCAGGGCCUGGCACACAUGAUAGCAGAAUGCCACCAGCUCUUUCAGCUGCCUACAAGUUAUUUGGAAUCCAAUAGAUGCCAGAAACCCCCAUUCUCUGAAAAAAGCCUGGUCAGUCACUCAGUAACAUUGAGAUCUUUGGAGAAGUCCAUUCAAGACCUGCUUCGAGAUUCCAAGGACAAGUUCCGAACCUGGGCUAGCCGCUUUUGCUUGGAUAAUGUGGAAGUGGCCAAUAAAAAGGUGGAAGAGAACUCUCAUUUACUUCUGUGGAAAGCCUCCAUUGACAUCCAUGCUGCUCCUCAAGCUAUCCUCCUUCGGGUGCUUAAAGCUCAGCCAUCCUGGGACCACACUCUGCAGCAGGCUGUUGUCCUAGAAAUGCUGAAUGAAGAGGCUGAUAUUUACCACUACACAGUGAAAAGCAUGACGCCGCUCCCUCCCCAGGACUACGUGGUGCUGCGGACCUGGAAGUCAUAUCCCCAGAAUAAUAGCUAUGUUAUAGCUGCAACCUCUGUAUGGUAUGAAGCUGCUGAACUACAUGGAGUCUUGGGAGAGGUCAUCUUGUGUCAGUAUCUGAUUGAAAUGGUGGGACCUGAAAAAUCUCGAGUGACUCAUAUCUGCAGGAAAGAUACCAGAGGACGGACUUCUAAAUGGUACAGGAAUGUUUUCGGGCAUAUGUGUGCAGCUGAAUUGCUCAGGUUAAAAGACUCUUUUCAGUCUUCGAACUCAGAAGUCAAAUAAGCCCAAAAUCUGAAGCCAGAGUUGUUUUCGUGGUGCAGUUAAUUGCUAUGCCCUUCAGCCAUGUUUGGAAAUAUGUGGAUAAUGGAAUGCUGUUUUUUUUUUUUUAAACAACUGAUAAUCAAAGAAUAUCUAAAGGAAUAUAAUUGUAUAAGAAAAAGCUGUUCUUGGAGAGACUCUAUAUAGGAGGAUAUUAAAGGUCAAACUAUUUAUAUAAAAACCUAAUCUUAACAUCCCAGAAAUAGUCAAAGUGAUGGUUUAAAUCUAUGCUGUGCAGUAAGUUAUUAAAAAACUUGGUGAUUACCUAGAUUUGCUGAUUUUUUUUAAUGAUGAAGUUGUAUGUCACUUUUUAAAAAAAAAAAUUUGUACAAAUUGCUGUAAAAUGUUCUUUAUUUUUUUGUUUGCUUGUUGUUUUUAGCAUGGAAAGAGUAUCCUGAAAGCCUUAAAGGUCAUAAGAUGAAUUGCCAUUUAUUUCCAUUUGUGAUAUAAAACACUGUUAAUAAUAAAGUCAUUAAUAAAUUGA